AUGGCUUCUGCAAUGGUGUUUGCUGAUUGCUUAGCGGCAGGAUUGAGAGAGUUUAUGUUCCAGCAUGCCCACUACAGGUGGUUUAUGCUACUCGUACUGGCGCCAAGAAGGUUGUGUCCCUUACUUAUUGGUUUCCCAAGUUGUGUAUAUAGUCUCUCAUCUAUGACAUUGUCAGCUAUUCGUAUCAGUCAGGAGGACUACAAAGUGAAACCCUAUCAACUUUAUUCUUUGUGUGCAUCUUCAUAUUGCUUAAAGGUCAUAUUAAUUCCUUUGAAACAUUGUUGGAUAUCUUUUUCUGUUCGUUUCAAUGCUCGUUAUACUGAUAGAAUCUGGUCGCUUAACCCUAAGACUAAAUUCAUCGACGGUUGGACAAAAUUCAAUAAUGUAACACUGUGGCCUAGUUGUUUUGCAGUAUUUAUGUCCUUCUGCUUUGUCAUUUGUAUUAUGAUUGGGUUCGAUACUUCAUUUCAUUUCAUCUCAGUGAAGAGUGCGUCGAUACAAGCAUGA